GCUUAAUGACUGAGCCACCCAGACAAGCAAGUUGUGUGUCAGAGAAGCAGUCACACGCCCGUUAUCACAGUAGGAAAAGCGAUGAAACACGCAAAAAGAGUAAAAAGGACUGGGGCUGCAACUUCAGUACACGAGAAGAGAGGAAGAACAGAAAAAAGGACAGAAAACUACGAAGUACCAACGCCGACUACACCACGCGGAGACGCCGCCGGAAGGCGGCGCCGGAAGUCGGGGCGCGGCUUCCGGACCUCACGCCGGAAGGGGCUCGUCAGCGCCGCCGACAGAUCUUCGUGGAGAAAGUCGCUUUUGGGUUGAGCUGCCGGUUGUCCACGAGGUUCUUUGAGUUCGCUCCCAAGCGUAUCUGCAAUUCAAAAUGUCGCACCCGUCCCCCCAAACUAAGCCCUGCAACCCCGGUAACCCCAGAGUCUUCUUUGAUGUGGACAUCGGAGGGGAGCGAGUUGGUCGAAUUGUCUUCGAAUUGUUUGCAGAUAUUGUACCCAAAACUGCAGAAAAUUUUCGUGCAUUGUGUACAGGGGAAAAAGGCAUUGGACCCACCACUGGGAAACCUCUCCAUUUCAAAGGAUGCCCUUUCCAUCGAAUUAUUAAGAAAUUUAUGAUUCAGGGUGGAGACUUCUCAAAUCAAAAUGGGACAGGUGGAGAAAGUAUUUAUGGUGAAAAAUUUGAAGAUGAAAAUUUCUGUUAUAAGCAUGAUCAGGAAGGUUUAUUGAGCAUGGCAAAUGCAGGCUGCAAUACAAAUGGUUCUCAGUUCUUUAUCACAACAGUCCCGACUCCUCACUUGGAUGGGAAACAUGUGGUAUUUGGCCAAGUAAUUAAAGGAAUGGGUGUGGCAAGGAUACUGGAAAAUGUAGAAGUGAAAGGUGAAAAGCCUGCCAAAUUGUGCGUUAUUGCAGAAUGCGGAGAAUUGAAGGAAGGGGAUGAUUGGGGCAUAUUCCCAAAAGAUGGCUCUGGUGACAGUCAUCCAGACUUCCCUGAGGAUGCAGAUAUAGAUUUAAAAGAUGUAAAUAAAAUUUUACUAAUAACAGAAGAUGUAAAAAAUAUUGGAAAUACUUUUUUCAAAUCUCAGAACUGGGAGAUGGCCAUUAAAAAAUAUGCAAAAGUUUUAAGAUAUGUGGAAGGUUCAAAGGCUGUUAUUGAGAAAGCAGAUAGAUUGAAGCUGCAACCUAUAGCUUUAAGCUGUGUGCUGAAUAUUGGUGCUUGUAAACUGAAGAUGUCAAAUUGGCAGGGAGCAAUCGACAGUUGUUUGGAGGCUCUUGAAAUAGACCCAUCCAAUACCAAAGCAUUAUACCGUAGAGCUCAAGGAUGGCAAGGAUUAAAAGAAUACGAUCAAGCAUUGGCUGAUCUUAAGAAAGCUCAGGAGAUAGCACCGGAAGAUAAAGCUAUCCAGGCAGAAUUGCUGAAAGUCAAACAAAAGAUAAAAGCACAGAAAGAUAAAGAGAAGGCAGCGUAUGCAAAAAUGUUUGCCUAGUAAGAAAUUCAGUUUUAUUUAAAUAUGCAUUGAUUGUUAUAUAAAGGCAGUAAGAAAAUUUAAAGGUUUUUGUCAGUUACAUAUGAUCCCUGAUGUGUUUCCUUUGAUACUUCAGUUUCCCAUUGUUUACAUUUCAGGAAUACUGAAAAGAGUUCACUCUUAAUAAAACAGUGUUACAAAAUACAGUAAAGUUUGAUUUUUUUUUAAAUGGCUUUCUGCAUUAAUCACAAAGAAUAAUGGUGUCUGUUAUUCUAAACUCGGUACCUGUUUCUAAACUCCUGAAGACACAUCUUGUUGAAUAAACAGUUUAAAGCUUAAGUUUGUAUACGGUUUCCCUCAAUUCUUUGAUGUAUUUCUCUGUGGUUGGUUUUUGCUGGUGUUUUGUACUUAUGUACAAAAUAUUCAGGGGUCAACACACUUUCUCCAAAGGGCCAGAUAGUAAAUAUUUUAGAUUUUGUGGACCAUUGUCAUCUGUCACAACUACUCAUUUCUGCAGUUGUAGCCACAGACCGUAUGUAAACCAUUGGGUAUCAUGUGUUCCAGUAAAACUAUUCAUGAGAAAAGUGGUGGGCUGGAUGUUAAACUCUGGUAUAGAAUAUACAUUUAUAUUUGAAGUUUUGAAUUUGACAAGUCAAAUCUACAUUAAAGGCCAGUAGUGUAUUUGCUAUUGGUACUGAAUCUUUGAAGAAUUAUACAGGUAAGCAGAUGCUACCUCAUUUGUAAAGUUUUAUGUAGGAGGAAUAUUCAUAAUUUCAGGUUUAAGUAUAAAAUGUU